AUUAAAGCUGAAAAGUUAUAUAAAACGCUUCCCCACCCCUGAGAGUGAAAAAUAAGAACAUCCAUCAGUCACCGACAACGCAUUCAAAUGUGUUUAUGAAAGUUAACAAAUCAUAAAUUUCGGGCCAAUUAAAUUUGCCAUACAAAACAAGCCACACGAAAAAUUGUCUUGCGUAUGUCAUGCUUGCUCCAACUUUUCGUUAGUUUCGCCUACGUCUUGGUUUAGUUAUUUAUUUUUUUCUCUCCUCCAGCGUUCUUCCUCGUGUUUUCAAAUUGUAAUUACCAAUUAAUAACCUUUUUAACUGUUGUCAUUAAAAGACUUUGUAAAGCAAAUGUUACAUCGUCAAGAACAUGACAUCAACAAACCACUCGCUACAUUUUUAAAAAGAUACUAAUUGAUUAAAUAAUUUAUUCGAUCAUGUACAAGUACUGGGUUUUGUUUAUCUGCUUAUAUAUGUGUGAAGUUGAUUCUUCAUUCCUUGGUAUUUGUUCAAACUAUACGAAUCAGGCUAUAUCCGGUACUCGACCCUGGCACAUGUGGGGUCAGUUGUAUUCCUUCUGCAUUCAGUACGAAUCCGCCAGUAGAGAUCAAGGUGCAUCAUUGGACAAAAGUUGCAGCAGCACUGUUUGUAAAAAUUGUGUAUUUGCAUGUCAGCAGCCUUUGCCAUUCAAUGAAACCUUGUGCAGAAAGAAGUGUAAAUCAAGAGCAUGUGACACAGGAUGUCAAUUUUUUUGGAACGUAACAAAUAAUAAUGUUAAUGAUCCAAAAAACAUCCCAAAAGUUAUAAAUACGAAUGUAAUCAUUAGUAACAAAGCGAUCUCAAAUAUUUCAUUCGAAUGGGAAGAAGUAACAUCCGCUGCGUCACCAACAUUUAGUAGUGUAUAUUUAGUCACCCUUUUCUUGAAGUUUAAAAACAACCUGUUUUUUCCAAGAAAGAAUGUACUCGGACUUACAGCACGCAGUCACAUAUUGGUUGGUGUAAGGGAAAUUUGUUCAACUUAUGGUUUUUAUGGAAGGUUCCAAAAUGCAUCUUACACAUUACGCGUCGUUCCAAUCAACUUCAAUGGUUAUUUAUCAAAUAAUUCAAUGGAGGUGACAUUCACAGACAUGCCACGAGCAAGUGCAGUUCGAAGUCUUACUGCCCGUCCAAUAAAAUUGGAUAAGUCGGAUCAACUUUGGUGGAGAAUCAAUUGGCUGUCGCCUUUAGAUCGAGAAUCAAAAUAUCUAAUACAAGAAUUAGAGAUAAAAGGAAAAAUAGUGAAAUGCGACAGAGAUAGCUUUGAAAAAGCAACUGCUGCACCAGCAUCUACACCAGAAACGUUUUCAUAUAAGCCGCUUGAAGCAGACUAUCCUGUAAAUUUUAACUCAUUUUUCAAAGGCGACCCUUUAAAAGGAUGCACCUUGGAAUUUAAGGCAACAACAAAAUAUGGAUCAUGUUUAUUGGGUAAAUCUAUUACACACACAGUCAUGUACGAAGGUUGUCACCAACUUCAACAAAACCCUUGUCCAGUAGCUAUCACUACACCAACAACGACCACACCAACAACGACCACACGACCUACAGACCAACCACUGCUAAGCAAGUGGAUAGAAAUCACAGCAAUGAACAGAAAGUGCUCCAACUACACAGCAGUACAAUGUCCCCCAAAACUCUGUAGAAGUUGCAUACAAGUUGAGUACGAUAUUCUCGUAAAGUGGCGAAAAACAGUGACAGUUACACCCAUAGAGUAUUUUCUGUUAAGAUGGGGUAAAGAAAAAGUGCUGGGUUUUGAGAAUGAGGAAAAUAAAGUAAUCGUGGAGAGGAACAAAACAUCUUACUUAAUCGAAAAAUAUAAAACUAGCACGAAAGACGGAGAUUUUGGCGUCCAUAUAUUUGUUAAAACCAACACAUCGCGCACAGUUAAUAUUCCUGAUAUUGGUUAUGCAAGCAUCGUCUUGCCUGGUCCUGAUGGCAAAAAUGAAACACUUAACAUCACAAUACCGGUAGAGCAAUUAGAGUCACAGAUGGAUAAGAACAAAAAAACUGCUAUAUCAACAGUCGUACCCAUACUUCUUAUCACCGUAAUCGUAAUGUUGGUAUUUUUGGUGAGACGUAAGACUGCUAAAAGAAAGCCUUCUCUGAUGACAAAAGAUAAUAUUGAGUUAUACAUGGAACAAGAUGAAGUAAAAGAAAUGUUUGAUGAAUGGGAGAUUGUCCCGACACACAUUAUGCUUACUGAAAAGAUAGGCGAGGGAGCAUUUGGAACUGUUUUUAGUGCCACUAUAAAUGCGGAUAUCUUUGUGAAAACAAAUUUUGCAAAAAUGAAGGGAGGUGCAACAUUACUUACCCAAAAGGAUCCAGAAGUUGCAGUAAAAUUGUUAAAAGAUGGUUCAACUGAAGAAGAAGAACGCGAUUUUAGAGAAGAAAUGUCUCUCAUGAAAGAGAUUGGCUACCAUAAAAAUAUAGUCAAUCUGAUUGGUUGCAGCACGGUCAACAAACCGUUGGUGCUAGUUGUUGAAUAUAUGAAAGAAGGAGAUCUUUUGAGUUACUUGCGAAGAAAAAGAACCAAGGCGUCACUCAGCGAUAGCAAGUAUUCAGAGGACGAUGGUUGGUCGCUUACUGCUGAACGCGUUUUGUCUUUUGCAUGGCAAAUAGCUGCUGGAAUGGAAUAUCUUGCUUCGAAAAAUCUAGUACAUCGUGAUUUGGCUGCCCGUAAUGUAUUGGUUGGUGAAGACCAGAUAGCUAAAGUUGCCGAUUUUGGAUUAACAAGGGCAGUUAGUAGCGAUUUAAUUUACAUGACCAGUAAAUCCAGAAAGUUACCAGUGAAAUGGAUGUCAGUGGAAGCCAUAUUUGAUCAAGUGUUUACAACUUUCAGUGAUGUAUGGGCUUACGGUGUUGUGCUGUUUGAAGUGGUAACCCUGGGCGGGACACCUUAUCCGGCAGUUAACAACAGAGAAUUAUUGACCAUGUUGAAAUCUGGAUACAGAAUGGAAAAACCAGACAAUUGUGCGGAUGAAAUAUACAAUAUAAUGCUGCAUUGUUGGCAAGAAAACCCGUUGGAACGACCGUCGUUUAGUGAGCUACGAGAACAUCUUGAAGAUAUCAUGUGUAGAAGUGGAAACUACCUAACAUUCGACAUUAACGAAAAUAACACAUAUUACAACGUGUCUUCUUAUGACGAAGACGAGGACGAUAUCGAGUUUGACGAUGAAUUUAUGAAAAAACCCAUUCAAGUUAAAAAAUGGGAAGAAAUAUUCAAAGACAAAAUAUUAUCAAAAAAUAGUCCAAUAUUAUUUGAAAAUGGUGGCCGGUAUACUAAGCGUAACACAGAUUCUAUUGAAAAAGCGUCAAACCCUUAUGUUAAUUCCGGAUUUACUGAUUCUGUGAUGCUAUGAUGUUUUCUUGUGGCUAAUCAUGGAAAGAAGAGUUUUCUUUAGUUUAAUAGCUUUUGAACAUUAAAGUUAAUAUGCGAUCACAUAGAGUCGAAUCAGAGAAUGACUCAGCUGUUUUUUUUUCGAGAAUGCAAGUCUACUACUACCAGGAAGUCUGUUUUGUUUCUUGUUCGUCUGAUUUUAAGUUUAAUGUUACCACAAUUUCAAUCAUUGUCACAUUUUCAGUGAUAAAAAACUGCCAAAACUAGACGUUUGGUCUGAUCACUUUGUCUAGACAACAAAAUAAUCAUAGGGUACCGGCGCACUAUAAAGUUGUCUAGGAUUGGAUUGAGGAUUGAGACAACAAUAGACUCUCUUGAUUAUCUCCCUAUUGCGAACAUGUAUUUUUGUUUCCUGCCUCUGCAUUUUUUCUACGUGUAUCUCGAACCUUUAUUACGAAGUUGAGGGUGCUUUCAACUUCUAACUUGUAAAAUAUAAAAAAAUUGAUAAUGUAAAUUGAUAAAUUUGUAGGAAAAUUGUUAAUAACCAUUUUGA